AGAUGCACGUUCGGAAAAGGGAAAAUCCAAUAGUUUGGAUAGAUCCGGCGGCAGCUCCAAUUUUUUUUAAACCGCAGCUAUAAAGAGGGUUAGAGUUGGUGCUGCUUUGCCCAUCUCAAGAUUUAGAGUUUGAAUUAUAAUCUGGGAAAUACAAAAAUCUCUUACAGGGAAUUUAAUCCGCCGAUUUGUUCUGUGUUAUGCAAUGGGGGACGAAAGAUGCCUUGCCAUUUGGUGGGGGAGAUGAAAGCUAGGCAAAGACACACGUUAAAACUCAGUAACUGUGUAUGUGUCUGUAUGUCUGUCUCUGUUUACAGAGCAACAGUGGAAGAGGCUGCAAUCUAAAGAGUUUUUUAAUUAACUUGGCAUCACUUUUGUCUGCUCACACUUGUAAACAGAAAGCGAAAAGACACUCAUUGAUAAGAGAUAAGCAACUUCUCAAAGGUUAAAGCUGAAAACAUUCAAGUUUUAUUUUUUGGAUAACAGAGGCCAAAUGACAUAGGAUGAAGGCUGUUCGUAAUUUGCUGAUUUAUAUAUUUUCCACCUAUCUACUGGUUAUGUUUGGAUUUAAUGCUGCCCAAGACUUCUGGUGUUCCACGCUGGUGAAGGGAGUCAUUUAUGGAUCGUAUUCUCUAAGUGAAAUGUUUCCUAAAAACUUUACAAACUGCACUUGGACGCUGGAAAAUCCAGAUCCGACCAAAUAUAGUAUUUACCUGAAAUUUUCCAAAAAGGACUUCAGCUGCUCCAACUUUUCCCUUUUGGCUUAUCAGUUUGAUCAUUUUUCCCAUGAAAAAAUAAAGGAUCUUUUAAAAAAUAACCAUUCUAUAAUGCAGCUCUGCGAUUCCAAGAAUGCUUUUGUAUUUCUGCAAUAUGAUAAGAAUUUUAUUCAGAUACGCCGGGUCUAUCCCAUCGAUUUCCCAGGAUUACACAAAAAGGAAGAAGAACAAAAAUCCUUCUUUGAGUUUUUGGUGUUGAAUAAGGUGAGCCCGAGCCAGUUUGGUUGCCAUGUAUUGUGCACUUGGCUAGAGAACUGCCUGAAGUCCGAGAACGGGAGAACUGAGUCCUGUGGGAUCAUGUAUACAAAAUGUACCUGCCCUCAGCAUUUGGGAGAAUGGGGAAUAGACGACCAGUCCCUGGUGUUGCUCAGCAAUGUGGUGCUGCCCCUCAAUGAGCAGACGGAGGGGUGUCUGACCCAGGAGCUGCAAACUACCCAGGUCUGCAACCUUAGCAAAGAAGCUAAACGGCCGCCAAAAGAAGAAUUUGGAAUGAUGGGAGAUCAUACAAUUAAAAGUCAGCGACCUCGAUCUGUUCAUGAGAAAAGGGUCCCUCAGGAACAAGCUGAUGCUGCUAAAUUUAUGGCACAAACUGGUGAAUCUGGUGUUGAAGAGUGGGCCCAAUGGAGCACAUGUUCAGUUACUUGUGGUCAAGGGUCGCAGGUGCGAACCAGAACUUGUGUAUCACCUUACGGGACACACUGCAGCGGCCCUUUAAGAGAAUCAAGGGUUUGCAAUAACACUGCCCUCUGUCCAGUACAUGGAGUUUGGGAGGAGUGGUCACCUUGGAGUUUGUGUUCAUUCACAUGUGGUCGAGGCCAAAGAACAAGAACAAGGUCAUGUAUACCUCCACAGUAUGGGGGAAGAUCGUGUGACGGACCUGAAACACAACAUAAACCUUGCAAUAUUGCUCUCUGCCCUGUUGAUGGACAGUGGCAAGAGUGGAGUUCAUGGAGUCACUGCUCAGUGACGUGUUCCAAUGGCACCCAGCAGAGAAGUCGACAGUGCACUGCGGCUGCUCAUGGAGGUUCUGAAUGCAGAGGUCCUUGGGCUGAAAGCAGGGAGUGUCAUAACCCAGAAUGUACAGCUAACGGUCAGUGGAACCAAUGGGGUCACUGGAGUGGAUGUUCCAAGUCAUGUGAUGGUGGCUGGGAAAGGCGAAUAAGGAUUUGUCAAGGUGCAGCUGUGACUGGGCAACAGUGUGAAGGGACUGGUGAGGAGAUCAGACGAUGCAGUGAACAGAGGUGCCCUGCACCUUAUGAAAUAUGUCCUGAAGAUUAUUUGAUGUCAAUGGUGUGGAAAAGGACCCCAGCUGGUGACAUGGCAUUCAAUCGAUGUCCUCUCAAUGCCACAGGCACCACUAGCAGACGCUGCUCUCUCAGUGUUCAUGGCGUGGCCUUCUGGGAACAUCCAAGCUUUGCUAGAUGCAUAUCAAAUGAGUACAGACACUUGCAGCAUUCAAUUAAAGAGCAUCUUGCCAAAGGACAGAGGAUGCUGGCUGGUGAUGGAAUGUCCCAGGUGACCAAAACGUUGUUGGAUUUAACUCAGAGGAAAAACUUUUAUGCAGGGGAUCUUCUGAUUUCUGUGGAAAUUCUCAGAAAUGUGACAGACACAUUUAAAAGGGCAAGUUAUAUCCCUGCAUCUGAUGGUGUCCAGAACUUCUUUCAAAUAGUUAGUAAUCUGCUUGAUGAAGAGAACAAAGAGAAAUGGGAAGAUGCACAGCAGAUCUAUCCAGGAUCAGUGGAGCUAAUGCAGGUGAUUGAAGAUUUUAUACACAUUGUUGGAAUGGGGAUGAUGGACUUUCAGAAUUCAUACCUAAUGACUGGAAAUGUAGUGGCUAGCAUUCAGAAGCUUCCUGCAGCAUCUGUUCUAACAGACAUCAAUUUCCCAAUGAAAGGAAGGAAAGGAAUGGUUGAUUGGGCACGAAACUCAGAAGACAGGGUUGUCAUUCCAAAAAAUAUCUUCACUCCUAUGUCAUCAGAACUAGAUGAAUCCACUGUAUUUGUGCUUGGAGCAGUGCUGUACAAAAAUUUAGAACUUAUUUUGCCCACCUUAAGAAAUUUUACUGUUGUUAAUUCCAAAAUCAUUGUCGUCACUAUAAGGCCUGAACCCAAAACAGCGGAUUCAUUUCUAGAGAUAGAGUUAGCACAUCUGGCUAAUGGCACAUUGAAUCCCUAUUGUGUGCUGUGGGAUGAUUCGAGAAUGAACGACUCUUUGGGAACCUGGUCCACCCAGGGAUGUAAAACUGUGCUUACCGAUGCAUCCCAUACGAAAUGCUUAUGUGAUCGUCUCUCUACCUUCGCCAUUUUGGCUCAGCAACCUAGAGAAAUAAUCAUGGAAUCAUCUGGUGCCCCCUCAGUAACCCUAAUAGUAGGCAGUGGUCUCUCAUGCUUGGCUUUGAUCACCCUCGCAGUUGUCUAUGCAGCACUAUGGAGGUACAUCAGAUCUGAGAGGUCAAUAAUUCUAAUUAAUUUCUGCCUAUCUAUUAUCUCAUCAAAUAUUCUUAUACUGGUUGGACAAACUCAGACACAUAAUAAGGGCAUCUGCACCACGACCACCGCAUUUUUACACUUCUUCUUCUUAGCUUCGUUCUGUUGGGUUUUGACAGAAGCGUGGCAGUCGUACAUGGCUGUUACUGGAAAAAUUAGGACACGACUCAUAAGGAAACGCUUUUUGUGCCUUGGAUGGGGUUUACCAGCAUUAGUAGUGGCAAUAUCAAUAGGCUUUACCAAGACGAAAGGAUAUGGAACAUCUCACUACUGCUGGCUGUCUCUCGAAGGAGGACUACUCUAUGCAUUUGUUGGGCCUGCGGCUGCUGUUGUCUUGGUCAACAUGGUGAUUGGCAUUUUGGUAUUUAAUAAACUUGUUUCCAGAGAUGGAAUCCUAGAUAAAAAGCUCAAACACAGAGCAGGUCAGAUGAGUGAGCCUCAUAGCGGUUUGACGCUCAAAUGUGCCAAGUGUGGAGUAGUUUCAACAACAGCUUUGUCAGCCACCACCGCCAGUAAUGCCAUGGCAUCCCUUUGGAGUUCCUGUGUUGUGUUGCCUCUUCUGGCUCUGACGUGGAUGUCUGCAGUUCUGGCCAUGACAGACAAAAGAUCAAUAUUAUUUCAGAUACUCUUCGCAGUAUUUGAUUCAUUGCAAGGCUUUGUUAUUGUCAUGGUCCACUGCAUUCUCCGAAGGGAGGUUCAAGAUGCAUUUAGAUGUCGAUUAAGAAACUGCCAAGAUCCAAUCAAUGCAGAUUCCUCGAGCUCUUUUCCUAAUGGACAUGCUCAAAUCAUGACAGAUUUUGAAAAAGAUGUGGACAUUGCUUGUCGGUCAGUUCUACAUAAGGAUAUUGGACCAUGCAGAGCAGCUACAAUAACAGGAACACUUUCUAGGAUUUCACUAAAUGAUGAUGAAGAAGAGAAAGGAGCAAACCCUGAAGGUAUGAGCUAUUCAACCCUGCCUGGAAGCAUCAUUUCCAAAGUCAUCAUUCAGCAGCCCUCAGGCCUCCACAUGCCUAUGAGCAUGAGUGAGCUGGCCAAUCAGUGUUUGAAAAAAGACAACAGUGAGUUGCGGCGGACUGUGUAUUUAUGCACUGAUGAUAACUUGAGAGGUGCAGAUAUGGACAUAAUCAAUCCUCAAGAACGGAUGAUGGAAAGUGACUAUAUUGUCAUGCCCAGAGGUUCAGUAAACACCCAGCAAUCAUUGAAAGAUGAGAGCAAAUUGAAUAUAGGCAUGGAUACCUUGCCUCAUGAAAGGCUGUUGCACUAUAAAGUUAAUCCGGAAUUCAACAUGAAUCCCUCUGUAAUGGACCAAUUCAAUAUCAAUUUAGAUCAGCAUCUUCCCACCCAGGAACAUAUGCAGAAUUUGCCCUUUGAGCCCCGUACAGCAGUAAAGAACUUCAUAGCCUCCGAGUUGGAUGACAGUGCAGGAUUAGCAAGAAGCGAAACUGGAUCCACAAUAUCAAUGAGUUCUUUAGAGAGAAGAAAAUCACGUUAUUCGGACCUUGACUUUGAAAAGGUCAUGCAUACAAGGAAGAGGCACAUGGAAUUGUUUCAGGAAUUAAAUCAGAAAUUUCAGACUCUGGACAGAUUUCGGGAUGUACCAAAAUCAGGAAGUAUGAACAAACAUCCAGACUGCAAUUCAGAAAACAAAUUUGCAGUGCAGCAAGAGAAGCAGUGUUGUUCUAGGAGGCACAAGAGGCAUAAUCACGUGACCUUCGAUUUCUGUCAGGAACCAAAUGGAGGUCAAAUGGAAAAUCCAACACCAAACAAGGCUCCAUGGGACAGUUUCAAAAACACGAAUGAAUACCAACACUAUACCACAAUAAACGUAUUAGAUACAGAGGCAAAAGAUGCUUUAGAACUAAGGCCAGCAGAAUGGGAGAAGUGUCUGAACUUGCCUUUAGAUGUGCAGGAAGGUGACUUUCAAACAGAAGUUUAACAAAAUCAAAACGAACUGAAAGAAAACAAAACAAAAAUGAAUUCAUUGCACUGACGCUAAAGAGACUUGGGAAGCCUGACAUUUGUGUCUGAACAUUGUGACUACUUUAUGUCAGGAUCUUCAUGUGCCAAAUGUCAGUGGUUUUUUUUCGUACAAUAUAUUCCCACUAGUAAAGUUAGUGGAGAACCAGGUGUACAAUUCUUACCAUCGUGUGUUGUAAGUACCCGUGGAAUGGAUUUGUAAGGUAAUCUUUAUAGAUAAACCUCAAGCAACGAUUCAUGUUGUAACAGCUUCAUUUGGUUUAGUUUUCAAAAAACUUCACCAUGAAGCACAAUGUAUAUAUUUAUGCAGUUUUUAAAGUUUAUAACAGUCUGUUUGGCCAUUACUACACUUUUUACUUUAUAAUAUAAAAGCAAAGUUUUUGUCAUUAAAUGAAUGUCUGUUGAGCUACAUUCUUCAUUGCUUUAAAUGCAAUAAAGUAAUAAUCUCACUUUUAUAUGAAUAAUAUAUUUCACAUCUUUAUUAUUGCAGUUUUCUCUGGAAAGCUCAGAGUAGCUUUCUCUGCUGCAGCUGUGUAUAAAAUAUUUAAAAUGUUGUAUGGUGUAAAUAAACUUUUGUCUACA